GGACUUGGGAAAUUAUGUGAGUUAGAUGAGGACUGCGAUGAAAUAAAACACGCAAAAUGUUCAAAAGAUGGUAAGUGUAUUUGUCGAAUGACAACAGUAAGAGUAGAUCCAUGGACCUACGGACCGAUUUUAGGUGGAUUUUGUUGGAAGAAUGAAUCAUGUGCUGCUGAUAAUGCUGUUUGUAUUAACAAUGAAUAUAUUUUGGGUACUCAUUGCAAAAACGAUGAUGCAUGUAAUCAGGUAAAGUUUGCAAAAUGUUCUGAGAACAAAGUAUGUUCUUGUACAUCCAAUACUACUGCGGUUAAUCCAACGCUUUGCUUACCAGUUUUUGGAGGGUUUUGUUGGGAAACUGAUGAAUCUCAAUUAGGAAUCCCAUGUAAAGAUAAUUCUGAUUGUAAAGAAAUAUUAAACAGUAUAUGUUCUGGCAAUGGAAAAUGUGAGUGCCAAGUAAAUUUUAAAGAAUACAAUACUAGCGCAUGUGCCCCACUUCUGAGAGAAUCUUGUUUGAAAAAUCGAAUUUGCGCUCCACUUCAUUCCAGUUGUAAAGAUGAUAGAUGUAAAUGUGAUGAUGGAUUUUCAGAAUAUUCUACAGAUAAAUGUCUACCUCACUACAUACGAAUGCGUUGUGACAACGAUAAUGACUGUAGUUAUAUAUUAAAUUCAAAGUGUCGGAGUGAUGUCAAUAUUUGUAUUUGCAAAAGUACCCAUAAAAUGCUUAAUGAGACAACUUGUGCACCCUUGUUAGGUCAACAUUGCAAACCAAAUGAACAAUGUGCUAUGUCGAAUUCUCAGUGUAUAGAUAAUGUGUGUCAAUGUCAAUCAGGUUAUCGGAGUUAUAAUACACAUUGUUUACUUGUUGAUCAUAAAUUUUUGUACUCGUGUGAUAAAGUAUUAGAUUGCGGUGAUCCUUGGCAUUAUAUUUGUGAUAAAGAUAAGAAAUGUCGUUGCAACCGUUAUAAUUAUUCAAUAAAUAGAUCAACAUGUUCUCCGGGUUUAAAAGGCUCUUGUUGGAAGGAUAGUCAAUGCACGGUUAACAAUACUUCUUGCGUAAAUUUUCGCUGUCAAUGCAAUAAUGAAUUUAUCGCUGUUUCUAAUAAUUUAUGCAUGAGAAGUAUUAUCAUCAAUGUACCUAAUUAUACUCAUUAA